AUGAUACGCUUUCCUGCACGUUUCCGGAGGGCCUUCGCGAUUGCCUGCCUCAUAGUUCUUGUUUGGAAGUUUGUCCUUGGCGGAGACUUCUCAGCGGCACCAGCGACGAUAGAAUCGAAUGCUGCAAGCAUCCUUGGCUGGAAAUCCUCUGAGCCCGAAGAUGGGGAUGCUUACAUUCAUUUCAGUCGCAAACUAGUCCGGAUCCUCAAGGACACCAAGCCACCUGUAUCAUCUUUGACUAAGACCAACAGUGUUCCCGCUAUCGGCUUUCAUGAUAACAAGCACAAGUCAUUGAAAAGGCCGGACUAUGUGCCAAUCAGCUCUCAGCAGGUUGAGGGCAUGCGAUUGGCACACCAAAAUAUGGUCGAAGAGGUAUCCAACUUGACGUUGCCUUGCAAACCCGGAUCUCGCGGCAUAGUGUCUACUGCAGGCGGGGCACACUUGCCAAUCUUUAUCGUCUCCCUUCGCAUGCUCAGACGCUCUGGAAGUGUUCUACCAGUCGAACUGUUCUUGCGAGCCGAUGAAGAACGUGGCGACAACUAUUUGUGCCAAGAGUUGCUUCCCUCUCUUAAUGCUCGCUGCGUCGUUUUGGAUGACUUUUUUCCGUCUGGACUAAUCAAGCUCGAGAAAUACCAAUACAAGAUUUUCUCAGUGUUGUUCUCGAGCUUCGAAGAAGUGCUCUUGCUUGAUGCAGAUAACUUCCCGGUACACAAUGUCGACCAUGUCUUUAAGACCGAGCCAUUUACAUCAAGCGGCUUAGUUACAUGGCCAGACUUUUGGAUAUCGUCGGCUUCGGAAAAGUUUUAUAAGAUUCAGGGCAAGCCUGUGCCAUCAACGAAUGUUCGAGCUUCGACAGAGUCGGGUCAGGUCCUUGUUUCCAAACGAACCCAUUCUGCAGCGCUGUUGGCGGCUGCAUAUUACAACUUUUACGGACCUUCGCACUUUUAUCCUCUCCUCACUCAAGGAGGCCCUGGUGAAGGGGAUAAAGAGACAUUCUUAGCAGGUGCAGUUGCAGUGGAUGCCUCGUUCUACCAAGUAACUGAACCCGUCAAAAUUUUGGGAUAUGAUGAGGGUGGCGAGCUGCGUGGUGUGGCCAUGCUCCAGUCUAAUCCUGUCGACGACUUUGUUGCACUGGUCAAGGCACUACCGUUCACGGUUCACGCGAACUUCCCAAAGAUGGACCCAAAUACACUGUUCAAUCAAGAUGGGCCUGCCAUCAACCACAAAACCGGCGAGCAUCGUCGACUGUGGGGCGACAAAGAUGAGACUAUCCAAACCUUCGGGAUGGAUGUCGAGCGCGAACUCUGGGACGAGAUCAGACAUGUUGCCUGCACCUUGGGUGGUGUGUUUGUGCAUUGGAAAGCAGAUGCCCCUCGUGAAUGGAAGAAAGGUACCUGCGAAAUGGUCGAAGAGCACAUAACCAAAGUCUUCGGUAUAGAUCAAGACGAUAACUCUUAUGGCUCUCUCGCAACAUGA